AUGUCUCAGUACAUUGGGAAAACAAUUUCCCUAAUCUCCGUCACAGAUAACAGGUACAUUGGAUUACUGGAGGAUGUUGAUUCAGACAAAGGCACAGUCACUUUGAGAGAGGUGCGCUGCUUUGGCACAGAGGGUCGUCGAAAUUGGGGGCCGGAAGAAAUCUUUCCGACUCCAACAGUCUACAAGUCUGUCAAAUUUAACGGUAAUGAGGUCAAGGAUUUGAGUAUCCUAGAUUGUAAGCUAGAAGAUGUUCAGCCGCUUGUUCCCCCUCCAGGUGCGGGACAACGAAGCACAGCACCAGUAGCCCCUUCGGCACCUCAUCAAGUGCAGCCUCAGGUGAUGCAUCCACAAGCACAAUUUUCGCCACAGGCCCAACAAGUUUCACAGCCUCCACAAGCAUCCCAACCUCUGCAACCUUCGCAGCCUCCUCAACCUUUACAACAUGCCCAACCACAAGUGCCUGCAGCGGUUGCCGGUUAUGGAGUAUACGCUCCUAACCCAUCUAUGGUCGCUCCCCCUGCUGCUGUAAGUACAGAACAAACUGUAAAACCGAAACAACCACGAAAGGAAAAGACAUUGUCAAAGAACCGUAAUCAAGAUCGACAACCAAAGGGCCACAGUGGCUCGACUGAGAAGAAAGUCGAAAUUCCAACAGAAGAUUUCGAUUUUCAAACUAGCAAUGCGAAAUUUGCAAAAGACGGUAAAACUGGAAGUGUUCCAGAAGAUGAUUCGCAUGGUCAUCCGGAAACGCCAUCAGAAAAAUCAGGUGAUGCGGAUGACUUUUACAACCAAAAAUCAUCGUUCUUCGAUUCUAUUUCUACCUCUACUGAAACCAAUACGAACAUGAGAUGGCAAGAGGAGAAAGAAAUGAAUUUGGAUACCUUUGGGCAAGCAUCUGCAAGGCCGCGAUUUGGAGGUCGUGGCGGUCACAGAGGCGGCAGAGGUGGAAGAGGUCGUGGUAGAGGCAGAGGUGGCUCAAGUGGCAGAGGCAGAGGUGGAUAUAAUUUUGGCAACAACAAUAACAACUAUGGCAGCCAUCAAACUCAAAACCAAAACAUUGAAUUUUAG